GCCGAGUGAUCGAAAUAGGACGGAUGGUGUCUGGUUACAGUUUUACAGUAAUGAUAAUGGCUGAAAAAAGACUUUAAUUCCCAUAUCCACAUCCAGACAUAGUUACAAUUGAGGUGACUAUGUGGUCGAUUUUGGAAGUACCCAGUCAAUAAUCCCUUUUGUGCGAAGAAAAAAAAAAACUAAUUGACAACACGUCAAACCGCUAGCUACUCACUCACGCUCACGCUGCUGCUCUUCACUCGACUUCGGUCCAGUUAUGACAGCCAGUUUACACGAAAGCGACAACGAAAAGAUGCGCUCUGUGUCUGUUGACCUAAAUAAUGAUGCAUCUCUGCUAAUUGACAUUCCUGAUGCACUCUGUGAAAGAGACAAAGUCAAGUUUACGGUUCACACAAAGACCACACUUAACGCUUUCCAGAAGCCAGAAAUAUCUGUUCCACGGCAACAUGAAGAUUUCAUCUGGUUACACGACACUCUGGUGGAGACAGAGGACUAUGCUGGCCUUAUAAUUCCCCCAUCACCCCCAAAACCUGAUUUUGAAAGCCCAAGAGAGAAGAUGCACAAACUGGGAGAAGGUGAAGCAACUAUGACCAAGGAAGAGUACACAAAAAUGAAGCAGGAGUUGGAAGCUGAGUACCUGGCUGUGUUCAAGAAAACAGUCCAAGUACAUGAAGUUUUCCUGCAGAGACUCUCUUCUCAUCCCAUUCUAAGCAAAGACAGAAACUUCCAGAUUUUCCUAGAGUAUGACCAGGAUCUCAGUGUCAGAAGAAAGAAUGCCAAGGAGAUGUUCGGUGGAUUCUUCAAAAACAUGGUCAAGUCAGCUGAUGAGGUCCUGAUCUCAGGAAUAAAGGAAGUCGAUGACUUUUUUGAGCAGGAGAAGACAUUCCUUCUCGACUACUACAGCAAGAUUAAAGAUUCCACUGCCAAAGCAGAGAAGAUGACCCGCACGCACAAAAAUAUCGCAGAUGACUACAUUCAAAUCUCGGCCACUCUGAACACGCUUUCUGCUGAAGAUAGGACAGCAAAUAGGAAGCACAUGGAGAAGCUGUCAGAUCUCUUUGAGAAACUCAGAAAAGUGGAAGGAAGAGUAGCAUCCGACCAGGAGCUCAAGCUCACAGAGUUGCUAAGAUAUUACUUGCGAGAUAUCCAGGCUGCAAAGGACCUCCUCUACCGACGAGCUCGCGCAUUAGUCGACUAUGAGAACUCCAACAAGGCUUUGGAUAAGGCUCGACUGAAGAGUAAGGACAUUCCUCAGGCUGAGGAACACCAGCAGCAGUGUCUACAGAAAUUUGACAAGCUCUCAGAGUCUGGGAAGAAAGAGCUCACCAGUUUCAAGGGCAGGCGAAUUGUGGCAUUUAGAAAAAAUCUCAUAGAGAUGGCUGAACUGGAGAUUAAACAUGCCAAGAACAACGUGACACUAUUGCAGGGGUGCAUUGAGCUGCUCAAGAACAACUGACAGAGUUAGAAGUAUUCUUGUCCUGCUGCCAUCAAGUGACCAGUUAACAGCCAAUGAAAUCCUGAUGUCACUUGCGCCUCAGAAUUCAAGAAGUCAAGUCGCGUCAUAGAUUCCACCCGUCUUAACUGGUGCCUCUUGACCAACAGCUUUGUUAGCACAGCAUUCUUGUAUUUACUCAGUCCACAUACUGUGUUCCACAGCUCAUACUCCCCAGGAUAUAUGGAAGUCUAACCUAUAAUUAUUGACUCCAUCGGUAAGGUCUAUCCUUUUGUUUUGUCUUUCUUGUAAUGUCUCAUUUUCAUAUUAUGCACACAAUAGAAACCCCGAAUUUGUCAUACUUUUCAGCACUGUAAAUCUCAAUUUAUCUCGCUAGUGAGUUAUUUUGAAACUCAGUGCAGAAUGUAUACGAGAUUCUGCUUUACAAUACUUUAAAAAACCUUUUCUGUUCCCACUGAUACUCUCAUUCUUGUCUGUUUUGCAUUAGUGUCUGGUGCUCAAUGCUCCAGUACUGCAGGCCAAACAGGACUUUUUUUUUUUUUUUUUUAAUUUAAAUUAGGUUUGCAUCAGUACCACAUUUAUCACAGAUGCACAUACGAUUUGAAAAUAUAAUCAUUCUUUCAGAAAUGAAAAAUUACGUAUGUUAACCAACAUGAGUUGUGGACUCACUGUUUAGUUUUGUUUGCACAAGGCACUCAUACUACCUCCACAACAGGUAUUAUUCCAUCAUCUGCUCCAUACCGCCAACUGACUGCCCUUCAUUCCUUCCCUUUCCGAUGUUAUUGAUGUUUUACCUUUUGCCCUGAAUCUAUUGCCCAAAUGGCUUCUCAUAUAAUAGGCUCCCAGUCAUCUCAACAAUUAGGAAAAUUUUUUACUAAGAUGACAAAAAAAGAUUCAAAAUCAUCAACAAGCACAGUGGUGUGUUUAAUACUUUAUAGUUUUCUAAAAGAAUGUAUUUCUGAUUCCAACAGUGUGAAUUCCUUUUUACUUUUCUAACUCAACAUUACCAUUUUAUAAAUUUGUAACAAUACUGAAUAAAUCCUACUUUCCCAAGAUUGGUCAAUGUCCAAA